GAGAAUUUAGUAAAUUGUUGGGAAAAAAAAGAUGGGAAGGCAGCCAUGCUGUGACAAAGUUGGGUUGAAGAAAGGUCCAUGGACUGCAGAGGAAGAUCAGAAGCUUAUCAGCUUCAUCCUCGCCAAUGGCCAAUGCUGCUGGAGAGCUCUUCCCAAGCUUGCAGGAUUGUUGAGGUGUGGGAAAAGUUGCAGACUGAGAUGGACAAAUUAUCUUAGGCCGGACCUGAAAAGAGGACUUUUAUCUGAAUAUGAAGAGCAAAUGGUCAUUGAUCUCCAUGCUCAACUAGGCAACAGAUGGUCUAAGAUUGCUUCUCAUCUUCCUGGAAGAACUGAUAACGAGAUAAAGAACCACUGGAAUACACACAUAAAGAAGAAACUAAAGAAAAUGGGCAUUGACCCUCUCACGCACAAGCCACUACAACAACAAUCCCAGCAGGACAAAACUCCCAAUGAGCUGCCUGAAGCAUCUCUACAAUCCACAAUAACUGAAGCAAAGGAGGAAGAAAAGAGCAUGACAAGCGCUUUUCUCGACGACCCGACGACGACGAUGACCGUGGACGAUACCGACGGUUUUUGUACCGACGAGGUUCCGUUGAUCGAACCACAUGAGAUCUUGGUCCCCGUUGCUUGUGCUGAACCAUCUUCGACCUCUUCUUCCUGUGAUUCUUCCAAGUUCCUCGAAGAACUGCAGUUGCCUGAUUUUGAUUGGCCGGCUGAUUGCAACACUAGUAAUGAUAAUGACGAGAAAUUGGGCUUGUGGAAUGAUGAUUUCAACGACUGGGGGGAUUUGCUAUGUGAUAGAACAAAGCUGGGUGUUGAUGAUGAUGGUUCAUUAUCUUCUUGGACAUUCAUAUGAUUUGCAUUUGUUUCGAAUCUGGGUUUUGUUUGUAGAUUUUGAGAAUCGGAUGUUAUG